CAGAAUGAUUGUCGGAGCAGCAAAUUAAAAACCUUGGUUUUUGGUUUUCUAUAAAAACUAGUUUGUUUUCACUUUUCUCGUUGCAUUCUCCUUUUAUUUUCUAUAUUUUUGAUUUCCUAUUAAGCCCUCCCUUUUCCUCUCUCUCUCCUAACAAGAGUUUUUGAAUAAAGCUUUUGAAAGGAAGGAAGAGAAAGGGAUAAAAGAGUAAAAUCAUAAAUAGAAAUGGGAAACUGCGCGAACAAGCCGUUGACAACAGAAGGAGAUGCCCCCGCAGAGGCACCGGAGCAGAAGGUAGCCGUAGAGGAGAGAGAAAUUGAAGUUGAUCAAAACAAGGUUCCUUCUCUCGCUCAAAUGUUGGAGGAUGAUGGAAAGAAGCCGGAAGCUGAGGGAGUCGCAAAGCCAGCCGAGGAGAAGAAGCCCUCAGAGACACCAAUUAAGGUUGAAGAAGUAGCCAAAGAAGUGGCUGUCGAGACCAAGAAAGAAGAUGUUUCAAAGCCGGCAGCCUCUGAGCCGCCUAAGCCAGAAGCCUCUGCGCCGAAGAAAGAAGAGACUAAGCCAGUUGUGGUUCCAGCCCCGGCUCCAGCCCCGGCUCCAGCCACAGCUGAGAAGAAAGUGGAAGAGAAGAAAUCUGAGACUAAAUGAAGAUAAUAUUAAAUGGUUAUUCUUCUUUAAAACAAAAGAAAAUUGAGGGGAUAAAAAAUAACACAAAAGAAAUUUAUUUUAUUAAUAUAAUUAAGUUUGUGAUUGGAUAGAAUUAUUUAUUAAUUGAAGAAUUAGUUGAUUUGGGAUUUUGUUUAAAUGGAUAUAUAUAUAUAUAUAUAUAUAUAUAUAUAUAUAUAUAUAUAAUUGUAUGGGGGGAGAGAGUGGGUUUCAUGAUUUGUGUUUUCGUAGAUUGAUUGUGUUUAUGUAUUUUUUCUUCUUUUGUGUUUUUGUUCUCUUGCUUUUGUAAACAUCUGGGUUUUGUUGGAUUGUUCAAACUUCAAAUUAAUAUCGAAUUGCUUUUAUUAAUUUAAUUAA